AUGGCCAAAUCUCAGAAAAAGAGCAAGGACCCGCGGGCCUCAAAGCAAAUACGGGGCUUGAAUGAAGACUCUCUCGCACGGCUUACGUCCAGAAUCGACCAGAACCUGUCUUCCAACCACCACAAGCGAAAGAACCCCCCCACCGAUGCAGCAAUCAAACAGCAGCCGAAGCGGCAACGGAAUUUGGACGAUGGUCAGUCGUCGAAAAAUAAGGCUCAAAUCGACCGAGAUGCCCUCUUGGCUGAGAUCAAGGCCUUGGGGGGUGACGAGGACGACUUGGAGCUGAUCAAUGCCGUCGACUCCGAUGACGAAACCUAUGCCAAGGAAUCAACCGGUCCCGUGGACAAGAGUCUACAAGAGGAACUUCUUGCUCUGUCAAAAGAGCUGGGCUUCGCCAACAUGGAACCGGAAGUCGCCAGCGAGCCCGAGACGGAAUCGGAGGAAGAUGUGGGCGAAGAUGAAGGUGAAGAAGAUGGCCACGACGAUGAGGGUGACGAGGACGAGGAAGUCACCGAGUUGGAACGGAGCAAGGGAAACAAAAAGCCUGGGGCUAUGCUCUUUGAACCGCAAGCGGAAUGGCAUGCCUACAAACUCACCAAGCUGCCGGCACCGACCAUUGACCAGCUUGGGCCUUUUGCUGGCGCCGUAGAGGCUCUGAAAGCACAUGCCAAAGCGCUGCUAGAAAGCGAUGCCAGCAGAUACAAAACCAGCGUCUUCGCAUCGUCAUCUCACAAGUUUCUGUCCACCAUCAUGUCUUCUGGUACCCUUACGGAUAAGAUAUCGGCCCUCACGUUGGCAGUGCAAGAGUCGCCGGUGCACAACAUUCGCGCGUUUGAUGCGCUUUUGAACUUGGCCUCGAAGAAGAGCCGCGCUCAGGCCAUCGGGGCUAUCGGAGCUCUUGUUGAUUUGCUGGGCCCCGGGGCCCUUCUGCCCUCAGAACGAAGGUUGCGGCCGUUUCAUGCGCAACCUGGACUUUUGGGCACUCUGCAAAAGCAUUCAGUCAAGUCGUGGUCCAAUGGUCAACCGUUGCCGGGCAAGGUGACGGAGGAGCAUCUGAUAUCGUGGGCGUACGAGGACUGGUUGAAGGAAACGUACUUCAGAAUCAUUCAGCUACUGGAGACUUGGUGCUCCGAUGAGAUUGAGUACUCCCGGAUGAAGGCCGUGGACUUUGUGUAUGGGCUCCUGAAAGAAAAGCCGGAGCAGGAAUCCAACCUUCUCACGCUCCUCGUCAACAAACUCGGCGACCGAGACCGCAAAAUAGCAUCUCGUGCGUCGUACCUGCUACUGCAAUUGCAGGUCUCGCAUCCCGGGAUGAAGCCCAUCAUUGUUCGAACCAUUGAACGGGACAUUCUCCUCCAUCCGUCGCAGGAUCACCGGUCCAAGUACUACGCCAUCAACACUCUGAACCAAACUAUUCUGAGCAGCAGGGAGCCCGCAGUUGCCGAAAACCUCGUCCGCAUAUACUUUGAUUUAUUCGUCGUCAUGCUCAAGUCGGGAAGCCUGGGUAUUCCGCUGGAGAAAAGCUCCGGCGCCGGCAAAGGGGCCAGCAGAGCAGACAACAAACAAAAACGCAAGCCCAAGACUAAGCAAUCUUCGGUACCUGAAACCGAGGCAGCCGACAAGCUCGUGUCGGCUCUGUUGACGGGCGUAAACCGUGCCGCCCCUUUCGUCGGUACCGACGAUGCAAUCAUGGAAAAACAUCUGGACACGCUAUUCAGAAUCGCCCACUCGGCCAACUUCAACACCGGCCUCCAGGCGUUGCUGCUGAUCCAGCAUUUAGCAGCGGCCCGGAAUCUGGCAGCUGACCGGUUCUACCGCACGCUCUACGAGUCCUUGUUGGAUCCCCGCUUGGUCACUUCGUCCAAGCACGCUUUGUACCUCAACCUUUUGCUCCGAGCCCUGAAGAAUGACGUUGAUGUUCGAAGGGUCAAAGCAUUCGCCAAGCGCAUGCUGCAGAUAGCAAGCCUGCACCAACCGCCCUUUGUGUGUGGGUUGCUGUACGUCCUUGCCCACCUGCGGCAGACGUUCCCUGCCUUGGCGACUCUUGUGGAGGAGCCUGAGACGUCGGUGUUUGAUGACGACGCGUCAGCGGCGCUUCCCGGAUACGACGGGCGCAAACGCGAUCCCGAACACUGCAACGCUCAACGAAGUUGCCUGUGGGAACUGGUUCCCUUUCUAGCACACUUUCAUCCUUCUGUCGGCGUGUUGGCGACGGCUUUGCUGGAUAAAACCACCAAGGUGCAAAAGCCGGACAUGGAAAGCCAUACGCUGGUCCGAUUUUUGGACAAGUUUGUCUACCGCAACCCCAAGACGACAGACUCGGCCCGUGGCGCAUCCAUCAUGCAGCCUCUCCGUGCCGCCAAGGACCUGGGCGAUAUAUGGCUAGGAAGCAAGGGUGCCGGUGCAACGUCCUCGCCGGUGAACUCGGCAGCAUUCUGGAACAAGAAGGCCGAAGACGUUGCGGCCGAGGACGUGUUCUUCCACGAGUACUUCCAUCAUGCUGGAAAAGAGCCGAAGCCAAGGACGAGGAAGGACAAGGGUAAAGAUGCAGAAGAAGACGAUGAUGAUGCUGCUGGAGGAGAAGAGGGCGAAGAUGAGAUCUGGAAGGCACUCGUGUCCUCUCAGCCGGACAUUGAGGAUGAUGGAUCCGAGGAUGGUUUUGACGACUUGGAUGAUUUGGACAUGGCUUCGGACGACGGCUCCGCAUCUGCUCUAUCCCUGGGGAGCGAGUUGGAAGACGAUGAGGAAGAGGAAGAUGACGAGGACGGGGGGGCUGUCUUGAGCGACGACGAUGGCGCUGGCUCGGAUGGCUUUGUGGCAGUGAGCGGCAAGCAAGGGGACGAGGGCAGCAAGGACGAGAGGAGCAAGAAGAAGGCGAGGAGAAAGGCUCUGAAGGAGUUGCCAAUGUUUGCGUCGGUAGAUGACUACGCAGAACUUUUGGCUGGCGAGGAGGAGGGUAUGUAG